CUCCUACACGCUCUUGCGUUGGCUCUCGCGGCGGGAAGGACGUAAAGCUUAUACCCUAGUGCCACAUUCGCCAGUGUGUCCUAAUAAGAGCACUCGACACCUUUAAGCUUAUAUCGCGCUACCUUCCCCACCUCGCCCCACUACGCCGCCGGUCGUAGUACCAUCCCCCUCCCGCAUGCCGCUGUUCUCCCGGUCCUCGGAGCGCAAGCCACGGAAGACGCACCGAUUCUCGCUGCGCAAACACCACCGCCACUCGGACGCCGACGCGGACUCCGUCGCCAGUCUCAGCAGCAGCCACAGCAGCCACUCGGACAGGAAGCCGCGACGUCAGACACAACCAACUACACGCGAGGCGGAGCAGACGAUCGUCGUGCCUCGCACCGCGUCCAACGCGCUCAACAUCAAGGCCCCUCCGUCCGCUCUAUCGUCCUCUGGUCGAUCCUCAGCCUCCACACUGCGUAGUACCAGUCCUACACUGCACGAAAACUUGUCAGGCGGAGAGAACGACACCGAGAUCUCGGAGGUCUCGGAGGAGUCCGACAACAGAGAAUCGGUCAGUACGCCUCCUCAGAGUCGCGCCCCCAGUAUGCGCAACAGUCGACACAGCCGACACAGUGCCAAAUCGUCCCGCAAUAACCGCAAUAGCCUUGCCGAGUACCGUCAACUGCAAUGCUCCAUGUCAUACAAGAACCGCGUCAACAGCGACGCGUAUCGAGGUACCACAACUAGCUCCAGCGACUUAAGAAUGAGUGAUCGCAUGAGUGACAUGCGGACGUCACUCGUUGACGGCUUCCGCGCCACCAACUCGUCGGUACGUUCAUCGGACGGCCACAGCCUGCUUAACGCACGGAUUUCCGAAUCGUCCACCACGAUUACAUCAACUGUUCCGGACACGCAUACGCCAGUAGCUGCUACAGCCUCCGUUUCUAUGCCUUCUCCACACUCUCGGACCUCCGAGAUGUCCUUGAUGUCUCCCGCUACCUCUCGCAUGACUGAGGCCAAUGUGGCUGCUCUCCAGACCCGUCGUGCCUUCCAGCAGAUGGUUUUGGCGAUGGAAGACGAGGAUUCCGGCGACGAAUACGACUCCGACAGCGACGUAUGGAGGACCAGCAGUGCCGAGAGCUCGGCCGCCAGCUCCGGCGUCUCUAGGAAACAGGCAGAUAUGGAGCAAACGAUCGAACAGGAGGUACAGAACAGGACACAGAAGGUCAUUGAGGCCAUGGAGAAGCAGAUCAGCAUGUACAAACAGGCCAAAGAGCUCGAGUGCGAGCGUGAAGUGCAGCGACGAGUGUCGGAACACUUGGAGAACCCUCGAUCCAGCCGUAGUGCUAGUCGAGGGAGUAUGACACGCAGAUCUUCAGCCUAUGGUCUGCACACCAGCAGCAGUUCCAGCAGUUUCCGGGACAGCUACAACAUUUCCAGCAGCAUUAAAGAAGAGGGACAUUCCUUCGAGAAACUGCUACAUCCACGACGAUCACGUAAACGUCUGGAGCAGAUGAAGGAGCGCGAAGAAGCGCAGAAACGUGAGAUGGAGCAAUUCCGCGAGUUCAUCCGCACUACCGAGAUGCGUGUGACACAGACGCAAGGCAUGGACGGCGUCAUGUCGGCGACGCAACUGGAGAAAGCCAGGAACAAACUGGAGGACUUGAGUGACCCGCUUCUUCCCGAGUCGCUACUGCAGUCGCCGCCCUCUGAACUCAUUGAGUUGAUCUGUGUGCUGCGUCAGAACGGACGUGAUCAGGAGAAGCAAAUAGAGGAGGCUAAGAGCCUCGUGACCGCCGCGAUCGAAGCGCGCGAAGAUGCAGAGACCACGGCGCGUGAAGCUGUGGAGCUCACGCUCAUGCUGGACGCGAGAUUAGAGCGCAAGUACUCGACUGACGAGUACCGACAGUCGGGGGGAACUAGUGUGGGCACGCCGGCGUCGUCGUCGGCGAUGGAGUAACUCGCAGUUUUGAUGUUCGUGCGUCCUAAAGCGUCGGAGGCUCGUAAGAGAGCGACACUAGCAACCACGCCAGUGUACUAUAAUCCAAUUCUCAUAUAAAAAAAUGUUCCAGAGUA